AUGUCUUUUCGUGGAAGAGGAGGUGGAGGAGGAAGAGGAGGUGGCUUCAAUCGUGGAGGAGGUGGAGGCGGCUUUAAUCGUGGUGGACGAGGUGGCUUUGGACGGGGAGGUGGACGAGGAGGCUUCAACAGAGGCGGAUAUGACCAGGGCCCUCCAGAAAGGGUAGUCUUAUUGGGAGAGUUCAUGCAUCCGUGUGAAGAUGACAUUGUUUGUAAAUGUAAAACAGAAGAAAACAAAGUGCCUUAUUUCAAUGCCCCAGUGUACUUGGAUAAUAAGGAGCAGAUUGGCAAAGUGGAUGAAAUCUUUGGACAGCUGAGAGAUUUUUAUUUUUCAGUGAAACUGUCUGAGAACAUGAAAGCCUCUUCAUUUAAAAAAAUGCAAAAGUUUUACAUUGAUCCAGCAAAGCUGCUGCCCCUUCAGAGGUUUUUGCCAAGGCCACCUGGAGAAAAAGGUGCUCCUCGAGGAGGUGGUAGAGGAGGACGUGGUGGUGGACGUGGAGGAGGAAGAGGUGGUGGUAGAGGAGGAUUUGGAGGAGGAAGAGGUGGAGGAAGAGGUGGAGGAGGAUUCAGAGGAGGAAGAGGUGGAGGAGGAGGAGGAUUCAGAGGAGGAAGAGGUGGUGGAGGCGGCUUUCGGGGUGAGUGUGUGGAAGAGGAUAUUAAAAAUGGAGCCACAAGUAUCUCCCCACUGUCUUACCGUAUCAUCUGCGGAAGUGAAGAACAAGGAAAAAUUUUUGUAAAGGACCCUGAAAAAGUUCUUUAUAAAAAGAACUUGAAGCUGUAA